AUGCUUCGUCAUUCCUGCCGCAUUUUGUGCGCCCCUGUGGAGCGGAUGGUGGAGGAGUUUGACGUCGUCAUUGUGGGCGGCGGCCCCGCGGGACUGGCUGCGGCCAUCCGCCUGAAGCAACUCGCCGGCGAGGCCAGGGAUGACUUUCGCGUUGGCCUCGUGGAGAAGGGGAGCGAGGUUGGGGCGCACACGCUCUCGGGUGCCUGCAUUGAAACACACGCGCUCGAUGAGUUGUUGCCGGAUUGGCGCAAGGCCACGGAUCUGCCCACCAUGACGGCGGUCACGCGUGAUGCCUUGUACUUUCUCAGGGACAAGGAGCGAAGCGUCAAGUCCCCGCUGCUCCCCCCAACGCUGCACAACCGCCACUCCUGCAUCACCUCUCUCGGCUCGGUGUGCAAGUGGCUGGGGGAGCGGGCGGAGGAGCUGGGGGUGGAGUUGUACCCGGGCUUUGCCGCCGCGCAGCCGGUGUACGACGGCAGCGGUGCCGUGCUAGAGGGGGUGCAGCUGAAUGAUGUAGGCAUCAACAAAAAAGGUGAGCGGACGCCUCAGUAUGAGCCUGGUAUGAUAUUCAAAGCAAAGCAGACUAUAUUUGCCGAGGGGUGCCGUGGGUCAUGCACAAAGCAGCUGGAGAAAAAGUUUGGUCUCCGUGGGGAGGGUAACUUUCAGACCUACGGCAUUGGCAUCAAGGAGGUGUGGGAGGUGCCGGCGGAGGCGCAUCGCCCCGGCACCGUGAUGCACACCAUCGGCUGGCCCGUGACUGACAAGGGCCACGAGAACACCUACGGCGGCUCCUUUAUGUACCACUACGGCGACGGAUUAGUCUCCCUCGGCUUCGUCGUUGGCCUGGACUACAGCAACCCCUACCUGCGCCCGUACAUGGAAUUGCAGAAGUGGAAGACGCACAGGUUGGUCUCCUCCCAGCUGAAGGAUGGGAAGCCGUUGCUGUACGGCGCACGCUCCCUCGUGGAGGGCGGCUACGUCGCCCUGCCCAAGUUGCAUUUCCCAGGUGGCGUUCUCGUUGGCGACUGCGCCGGAUUUCUCAACCUGCCGAAGAUCAAAGGCACCCACACCGCGAUGAAGUCUGGCAUGCUCGCGGCGGAGGCGGUCUACGAGGAGGCCUUCGCCUCGGGAAGGGAAAAGCGGGACGGGGUGGAGUGCAAGAGCUACGACGACCGGUUCCGCAGCAGCUGGCUGCACAAGGAGCUCUACGCGGUGCGCAACGUGCGGCAGGUGUUUGCCCGAAACUUUUUCCAAGGCGUGUUGUACACGGGCUUCACAACAACCUUCACGCACGGCCUGGAGCCCUGGACGCUCGCGCACCACCGGCCAGACCACAAGGCACUCAAACCCGCCGCGGAGUGCACGCCAAUCGACUACCCGAAACCCGACGGGAAACUCACCUUUGACCUACUCACCAACCACAGCCGUAGCGGCACCGCACACAACGCCGAUCAGCCGGCGCAUCUCAAGCUGAAGGACCCAUCCGUGCCGGAGAAUGUGAAUCUCCCCAAAUACGACGGCCCCGAGGGGAAGUACUGCCCCGCGAAGGUGUACGAGUUUGUGGAGGGGAAGCUCGUCAUUAACGCCCAGAACUGUCUGCACUGCAAGGCGUGCGACAUUAAAGAUCCCACGCAGAACAUAAACUGGACGGUACCGGAGGGAGGCGGCGGUCCGAACUACAGUGCACAGAUGUGA